AGAGGGGUGACUCCCUAGGCGCCGGUGCUGGGGGAGCCCUGGACUCAGCCCGAGCACCCCCAUCCUGCACCGCCCCCUCGCACUCAGCCCCGCCCCACUCUGAGCAGAGGGACCCCUGGCUGGGGCACGGAUCCCCCGGCUUAGGCAGGAAGUGCUGGCAGUCUGGCUCUGGGGCGGUGAGGCAAUUCCCCCUCCCCCAGGCUCACCCUGGUUCUGCCCUCUGCUGAGUCAGGGGGUGAGAGACUUGACUCUGGCCAGGGGCCAAUGGGAGAGGCAGGUGGCCUUGGGUGGAGGGGGGGGUCCCUCUGGGUCUGGAAGGUCAACUGCACUCGGAAGGAGUUGCAGCCCUUUAGGUGGCUGAGUUUCCAGCCCCACAAAGAACCCAGCGCGGAGCGUAGCAUGCCUUAGGUUCUCAGCAGUGUUAGCUUUUCCCACCUGGCCCCCCUCACCGCUCACCUGGGCCAAACCACAAGCAUCCACCCCUGGGGUGGUGAGCUCACCAUGGUGAACCAACCACCCGUCCCCCUCUCUCUUUCCCCCAGCCCUGGUAGAGGGGACAUGCCAGAGUCAGGAGUGUGCUUACAGAAAGGGGAAACUGAGGCCCAAGCUAAACGGAGAGGCUGUACCUGAGCUGUGGCUCUGCCAAGGCUGAGAGCGACAAACGUCUAAGCGUAGGGCCCGGCCAGGGGCCAGGGUCUGUAGUGGAUGAGCACCAGGACAAUGUCUUCUUCCCCAGUGGGCGACCGCCUCACCUGGAAGAGCUGCACACACAGGCACAGGAGGGGCUCCGCUCCCUGCAGCACCAGGAAAAACAGAAACUGAACAAGGGUGGCUGGGACCAUGGAGACACCCAGAGCAUCCAGUUGUCCCGGACGGGGCCGGAUGAAGACAGCAUCUCCUUCUGCAGCCAGUCCACGUCCUACACGGCGGAGAGCUCCACCGCAGAGGACGCUCUCUCCAUCCGCUCAGAGAUGAUCCAGCGCAAAGGCUCCACCUUCCGACCCCAUGACUCAUUUCCCAAAUCAUCUGGAAAGUCAGGGCGGCGGCGGCGGGAGCGGCGGAGCACGGUGCUGGGGCUGCCACAGCACGUGCAGAAGGAGCUCGGCCUACGGAGCGAGCGUGAGGCGCCAGGCACUCCUCGGCCUCCUGGCCCUCGGGAUGCUGUGCGCAUCCCCACGGUGGACGGCCACCCGGCAGGCCUGGCCUCAGGGAUCGGGGCCCGGGUGUCCCUGCAGGCGCUGGAGGCAGAGGUGGAGGCUGGCACUGAGACCGAAGCCAUGCUGCAGCGUCACAUUGACCGUGUCUACCAUGAUGACACCCUCAUUGGCCGGUCCACAGGGGCCCGGCCCCCACUACUGAACCGGCCCAUGUCCCUCGCAGUGCCUGGACUGACAGGAGGGGCAGGGCCACCAGAGCCCCUGAGCCCAGCCAUGUCUAUCUCGCCCCAGGCCACCUACUUGUCCAAGCUGAUCCCGCAUGCUGUGCUGCCACCCACAGUGGACGUGGUGGCCCUGGGCCGCUGCAGCCUGCGCACGCUGAGCCGCUGCAGCCUGCUCUCAGCUAGCCCGGCCUCCGUCCGCUCCCUGGGGCGCUUCUCCUCAGCCUCGAGCCCACGGCCCCGCAGCCGCCACCCUUCCUCCUCCAGUGACACCUGGAGCCACUCUCAGUCCUCUGAGACCAUCGUGUCUGACGGUUCCACCCUCUCCUCUAAGGGGGGCUCUGAGGGCCAGCCAGAAGGCUCUGUGGCUAGCAAUAGUGUGGCAGCCCCUCCGCAGGGGGGGAGCGGGAGGGGUUCCCCCAGUGGGGGCAGCACUGCGGAGGCCUCAGACACAGCCAGCAUUCGGAGCAGCGGGCAGCUGUCUGGCCGGAGCGUGUCCUUUCGGAAGCUGAAGCGGCCCCCACCCCCUCCCCGCCGGACCUACUCCCUCCAUCAGCGGGGCUCGGCAGCACCUGAUGGGCCCCUGGGGUUGCCUCCCAAGCCUGAGCGCAAGCAGCAGCCACAGCCGCCUCGGCCUCCCACCACCGGGGGGUCCGAAGGGGUGGGGGCAGCACCCUGUCCACCCAGCUCUGCAGGCAGCUGGGUGCCUGGCUUGUCUCCAAGUGGCUCCCGGCGCCCCCCACGCUCCCCAGAACGGACACUUUCACCCUCCAGUGGAUACUCGAGCCAAAGUGGCACCCCUACCCUCCCUCCCAAGGGUCUGGCAGGUGCCCCUGCUUCCCCAGGCAAGGCCCAGCCCCCUAAGCCAGAGCGUGUCACUUCCCUCCGAUCUCCUGGGGCCUCCGUCUCCUCCUCCCUUACGUCUCUGUGUUCCUCCUCCUCUGACCCAGCCCCCACGGACCGCUCUGGGCCACAGAUGUCAACCCCCCUGGGUGACAGGUUUGUCAUACCUCCUCAUCCCAAGGUGCCUGCCCCCUUCUCCCCUCCUCCCUCCAAGCCCAAAAACCCUAACCAAGCUGUCCCUGCUCCAGCUGCCCCUGCUGUGGUCCCUGGGCCUGUCUCCACCUCUGAUGCCACUUCUGAGUGCCCUCCCACUCCCCAGACAUCCCUGACCCCACCACAGAAGUCUCCCGUUGUCUCCAAAGAACAGUCACCCCCACCAUCCCCACCUCCAUCUUAUCAUCCACCCCCACCACCUACUAAGAAGCCAGAGGUGGUUGUGGAGGCACCAUCUGCCCCAGAGGCUGCUGAGGAGCCCCUCCAAGAUCCCAACUGGCCCCCACCCCCGCCUCCCGCGCCUGAGGAGCAGGACCUAUCCAUGGCUGACUUCCCCCCACCCGAGGAGGCCUUCUUUGUGGCUGGCCCAGAGCCUCCAGGCCCCCCAGAGCCUGCCAGCUCCCUGGCUGCUUCACCUUCCUUGGCUGCUGCCCCUUCCCAGAGCCAGCCCCAUGACACCCCAGACCCUCCUCCAGCUCCCCCCGCCCCACCUCCUGCUAGCUCUGUUUCAGGGCUUCUGGCCAAGCUCCCUCAAAAGGAACCCGCAGGCUGCAGCAAGAGCAGCGGGGUUCCCAGGGAGGAUGCUGCUGCACCCCUGGUCACGCCCUCACUCCUGCAGAUGGUGCGGCUGCGCUCGGUGGGCGCUCCCACAGGGACUCCCACUCCAGCACUGGGGCCGUCUGCCCCCCAGAAGCCACUACGAAGGGCCCUGUCAGGGCGGGCCAGCCCAGCAUCCUCCCCCUCAGGGCUCCAUGCUGCUGUCCGACUCAAGGCCUCCAGCCGGGCUGCCAACGAGGGCCUGGCAAAUGCCCAGCCCAAUGGACCACCAGAGGCAGAGCCACGGUGUCCCCAGUCCCCUGCCUCUACAGCCAGCUUCAUCUUCUCCAAGGGCACUAAGAAGCUGCAGCUCGAGCGGCCCGUGUCCCCUGAAGCCCAGGCUGACCUCCAGCGGAACCUAGUGGCAGAACUUCGGAGCAUCUCAGAGCAACGGCCACCCCAGGCCCCAAAGAAGUCACCUAAGACUCCUCCACCUGUGGCCCGCAAACCCUCUGUGGGAGUCCCUUCACCCAUGUCCCCCAGUUUUCCUCGGGCUGAGCCCCUUACUGCUCCUCCCACCAAUGGGCUCCCUCAUGCUGAAGACAGGACUAAGGGGGAGCUGGCAGAGAAUGGAAGUGUCGUGCAGCUGGCGGGCCCGGAGGGGAAGAUGGGGCCCUCAGGCUCAGACCCACAGAAAGAGCUGGUCUGACCACCAGGCACCUGACCGGCACUGCUGACCCAUCCCAGGAAUCCAAUCUCUCAGGGACCUGAGCAGCUCCAAGGACGAGAGGAUACGGCAGACACAACCUAAUAGAGAGGGCGCCUGCAGCCUUAAUCUCCACGGCCUUCGAUAUUUAUGCAAGCCUGGUGUUGCUCCUGUCCUGUCAUCUGCUCUCACGUCUUUCCCAAUGGAUUCACCUCUGGCAGCUGCUGCUUCCGUCUCGGCCUUAGCCUCACCUGGAAGGAGGUAGCUGUGGGAGUGGGUGGCUGCGCCCCCUGCUGGCCCUGCGGCCACAGUGUUGGAAGCAGAACACCUCACUUUUGUUUUCAUUUUUUUCAUGUCCAAAUCAUGCACAUACUGUAGUUCAGAAUCAAAGCACUUUUGAAAAGUGGCUGCAUGUCCAUCCUCCAGGGCUCAUGAAGCCACAUUCCAAGGGCCUGUUUACAUGGCAGCAGUAUCAUUCCCCUGUAACCAGUCCAUAGCUUGGAACCUAUCUGUCCCCUCCCCUAAUCCAGUUUGCUCCUUUUCUUAGUUCUUGGAGGUGGGGAAGUCAUUGCAUUCCCACAGGCUCCCCCAAGCUGGGGGCAGGAGUGGGGCUGUGGAAUUCCAAAGCACAAAAGGUGCAGUGGGGGCAGCCCUCCUGUGCCUCAACUCACCAGCCACCCUCCUGCCUUCCGGCUCUGCCAGGUGCUCCAUGCAGGGGACAAGUAGGAGACUGCCAGGGCCUAAAGGGCUUGGGGAGGAAGACCCAGAGGAGAGGUCUGCAGGCUCUCUGUCCACAGGAAGCAGAACAGAGUAGGGAGUCAUCCUGGCGGGCACUGGCAGUGCCAAGCGCCUGCCUCUUGUUUCACUUGAUCAGGCUGGCGUGGGUGGGCAUGACCCUUGACACUGCAGGGGCGGGAGUCCGUGAGGAAGCACCGAGACGAAACGGCGGGGGAUGGGGAGCCUCUGGCAGGAGAGAGCUUACUUGGGCAGUGGGCCCAGACCCGGCCAUGUGGACAUCAUUCUUUGACCUUUCUCUUUACUCUUUGCGGUGCAUGUCCUUUCUGCAGCUGCCUUUUGGCACAGGUGGUUCCACUGGGGGGAGCUGACGCUGAGUGACAAGGAUGGGAAGCCAAAGGUGCAUUUUACUCAACUCUUCCUGGCACACCCUGUGGUCCUAGAGUAGGCUGGGUGGUUGUCCCCUAGGUGUCAGCCUCUGCCACUGCUGUCUCCUCCAGGCAUUUUAACCUUUCUGUUUGCAGCCUGUGUCGCCUAUCUAGGUAAAGCUGGCUUCCCACAGGCCUCUAUGGCUCCAGAGGCGGCCUAGUGCCUCCCUCCACAGCAGUGUAUCUGCCACCCCUUCUUGAUCCUCUUUCCUCAGCAGUGACUUGGGCUGGAGCCUGGCAAGGAACCUCGCCUUUAGUUUCUCCACCACCAAGGAGAGAGGUUGACAUACUGCCCCCGCCCACCCGAGCUGGAAACAUAGGGUAUGUGGUGUGAGGGCCCAGGCUCCUUUGGCCUCCGCCAGGGGUUCUUAAGCUUGUCACUGUCUUCUCCCUGUAGCUAUAAACCAAUGUCCUUCCCUUGCCCUGUGGGUCAUGGAGAGCUGCUGCUGGGUGUUCGCUGCGCCUGCCUGGUGAGCUGGGGAGAGGAUGAUCAGUAAGCACUGCUCUGCUCAGAGCUCCCGGUCUCCUGCUGCCAGCAGCCAGGACCCAGGACCCAGUCAAAGCUCCAUGAAACCAGGCCCUGGCAGCAGCCUGGGAGCUGCUGGGUGUGGGAGCCUGACUUCUGUCUCUUUCUCUCCCCUCUCCUCCAACGUUACUGGAGCUCUUGUUUCCCCACUGGGUGGGACGAGUACAAAGGAGAAGGGAGGAUCUGGGAGAGGCAACCCUUUGUCCUCUGGGGUAAAUGAGCUUGACCUAGAGCAAAUGGAGAGACCAAAAGCCUCUGAUUUUUAAUUUCCAUAAAAAUGUUAGAGACAUAUAUAUAUAUAUUUCUUUAAAUUUUUGAGUCUUUGAUAUGUCUAUACAAACAACCCAUUCCCUCUGCCCUAAAGCCUGAGUGAGACACAUGAAAAAGCUUUGUGUUUCAUUGAAAGGUGUUAAAUAAUUAAAUGAUUGAAACUUG